CGAUCUGUGCAUGAUGUGACCGUAUCCAUUGGCUCGCCUGGGUUGGAGAAUAUCGCGAAUGACCUCGGUGUUUUUCGUCCUACCCCAAUCUGAUCUGCUUGCUCAUCCGGCCGGCUCACUUUGUCCAACAGAGUGAUCUGUCAACUUCGCCAAUAAUUGCCAGAAUAUUAAAUCCCUCUGUGACCUGCCGUAUCCGUCUCGAGAUCCGCGUUCCGUCAUGUGAGGUUCUUUUCUGUGUCGCCAAGGCCGGAUAAUCCCUUCACUUCUGAAUCGCCGUGUUUUCACUGACUGUGCGAGUUGGCGGUCUGUCGAGAACAAAGCGUCGAGAUCAUCGUCAACUUCAGUAUCCGUAGAAUUGCUAGUGGUGGGGUAGAACAUUGCGGCUCCGGAGCUUCCCCAGCUCGAGGAAAUAAACCGGCCUCACUCAAUGACGGUUGACAUCAAGUCCUCUCGAAUCUUCCUCGUCGGCGUAAAAUCGGUCUACGGCCUUUCGUCGUCUUGCGUAAAAAGUUCCAUCUCAACCGGGUCACGUCGGUCCAAUUCUGGGUCAUUGAUAACAAGCCCCAACCAUGAGAACGAAUUUGCGGGCGCUGGAGCGUGGGACGCAGAGACACAGACAAGACCGCAAACUCCAGAAAGCUAGUAACUUAGGGGAAAGUUGCAGAGACAGCUAGUAACUUAGGGGAAGGCAGACCCGCGACUCUUAUGCGCCGACUCCUCCGUCGAAAACACAGCUAGUAACUUAGGGGUAAAGAGUGCCGACCACGACCAUGGCAUGCGCGAGAGGUAUUACCUAACAUUACAUAAGAUCAAUAGAGGCUAUCUACGGCUGUGAGCGGUGCAUCCCACGUCCAUGGCCGGCGGCAGACACAAUAACAAUGAAGAUGAAGUCUGACGAGAAGAUGUAGAGGUAUUGGACAAGGCGAAAAACAUAGGAUAUAUAUCGUCGGCACUUGACGCAAAGUGGAGGAGACGUGCUCGAAUUGGGGAAUCGGGGAUUUUGGAGCAGACGGGAAUUGAAUGGACACAUAGUGAGGGAAAAACUGGAGAAGACGUGCGUAAGAGAAACCCAGAUGAGCGGGACCAACAGAAUCACAGCAUCUGUAUCUGUCAUUUCGAAAGGGUUGUCUUAUGACCUUUGACAUGUGCCCAGUGGCAGGCUGUUGAUAACCUUUGGAGAGUGUAAGAGAAACCCCCGCGCCCGCCCGAAACCGACGCUAUUACCUUAUCCAUAUUCCAUUGUCUUGGGGAGAGGGAGGGAGACAAUGUGUGUCUGUGCCGCCGGCCGAUUGCAGCCAUGAGAGGGUUCAAAGAGGCCGAGAGAGCAUGAGAAAUGUCAUUGACCUCCGAAUACAAAUUGAGGCUUCUUCCCGUCUCUUUUGACCCAAUCUCUUCCCAACUCCUUCUCCUGUUCAUCUCUUCUUCACUUCUUAUCUCUACUUCACUUCCCCUUAUCUUAUCACAUCUCACCCUCUACGUCACCCCCCACAUUCCGCCCAUCAUGAACACCGGUCUCGUCAACAGCCGCUUCCUCUCCAAGCCCGAUGAAGUCGGCAUCGUCGCCGUCGGUUUCUCCGGCGGCCAGCCCAAGGCCGGCGUCGACAUCGGUCCCGCCGCCCUUAUCGAGUCCGGCCUCCUCACCGAGAUCCGCGACGAGCUCGGCUACAAGCUCUUUGGUGACGAGUCCGUCCAGCAGUUCGAGGACCUCGUUCCCGAGUCUGACCCUGACUACCGCGGCAUGAAGAAGCCCCGUCACGCAUCCGCCGUCACCCGCAAGAUCGCUUCGCACACAUAUGAGCACUCGCGCGAAGGCCGCAUGACGCUCACGCUCGGUGGUGAUCACAGCAUUGCGAUUGGUACUAUUGCAGGUACUGCCAAGGCUACGCGGGAGAGGCUGAACCGUGAGAUUGCGGUUAUCUGGGUCGAUGCGCAUGCGGACAUCAACACCCCUGAGAGCAGCGAUAGCGGAAACAUUCACGGCAUGCCUGUUGCUUUCCUGACUGGUCUUGCUAAGGAGGAUAACGAGGAGUACUUUGGCUGGCUCGAGGAUGACAUGCGCUUGAGCGUCAAGAAGCUGGUCUACAUUGGUCUUCGAUCUGUUGAUAUUGGCGAGAAGAAGAUUCUCCGUGAGCACGGCAUCAAGGCUUUCAGCAUGCACGAUGUCGACCGACAUGGUAUCGGCCGCGUUGUCGAGAUGGCCCUCGCUCACAUCGGAAACGACACCCCCAUCCAUCUAUCUUUCGACGUCGAUGCCCUCGACCCCAUGUGGGCGCCCAGCACCGGCACACCCGUCCGCGGCGGUCUGACUCUGCGCGAGGGAGAUUUCAUCUGCGAGAGCGUGCACGAGACAGGAAACCUCGUCGCCAUUGAUCUCGUCGAGGUGAACCCCCAGCUCGCAGAUGGCAAGCAAGCGGAGCAGAACACAAUCCACGCUGGAUGUUCACUGGUGCGGUGUGCUCUGGGCGAGACUCUUUUGUAAAAUGUUAAAUUGGGGAGAGUGGUGUUUGUGAGAUGAUUGAUGAUAUCCUUGAGUUGAAUGGGUCGGUGCAUAUGCAUUAGGUAUUCUACAUAACAUACAAGCGCUGGCUGCGCUGCGAGAUCGCUCUCGAAAUAAAAUGUCUUGUUCUUUUCCUCGGGACUUGAUGAAACCAUCGUCGGCACGUUCGGGACUGAAACAUAGCAAAUAAUUUCUCCGA